AUGGGAAUCCACCCUAGCUUUGUAGGAUGGACAACUGUAAUUUUUGCUAUCACCGUGCACCUGUCGUUCCACGGUUCCGGCGUGGAGUCGUCGACGUGCUCCACGAGUACAGACCGGACAGAGACGGACUGUAGCACUUACCAUGUGUGCUACAGAGGCGUGUCCGUCAAUGUUUUAAAAUGCCCCGAGGGCCUGAGGUGGUCCAAAACAGAAGGGCGCUGUUCGCUUUAUUCACGAUGUCGACAACGCGGGGAACGUCCCCCGACGACGUCUAUUUUCACGACGCCUCGAGCCACGAAACCCACAACAAGACGAACCACCACGACGACCACGACACAAAAGACUGUGUCUACGACGUUGGAACCAACAUCGACAGUAACAACAGAAACACCGACAGAACCCACCACUCAAAAGACAACGACGACGACGACGUCCGAUUCAGUAACAGAAACGCUUCCGCUGUUGUCUGACUGUGGUAUCAUUACCACUCCGUACAUCGUGGGCGGUACCCCAGCGUUUGAGGGAGAGUGGCCGUGGCAGAUCUUACUCAAGGGGCGGAUCAACGGUACACACGAGACGCAGUGUGGAGGGGUGCUGGUAGAGAAGAGAUGGGUGAUGACCGCAGCGCAUUGUGUUUUCAGGACAGCACUUCACUCCAUUGACGCCUGGACGAUUGUACUAGGAGAACACGCCACAACGUAUUCCUCGGGACGUGAAAAAGUUGUCAGGCCUUCAAGAAUUAUCCGACAUACUGGCUACCAACCGCGCGGAGGGUUUCCGGAUGACAUCGCACUGAUGGAACUACCAGAAGGUGUGUACAUAGAGAAGAGAUUCAUCAUGCCGGUAUGUUUACCUCCCCGUGAUUUUGUCAUACCGGAAGGAAGCCCGUGUUGGAUAACUGGAUGGGGAAACACCGAUGCUCAGGGUCACGGCUCGGAGGUGUUAAACUCUCUCUCCGUGACCGUGUGGUCUCAGAAGCAAUGUCAGAUGGCCUGGGGGGAGCACAUCACGACCCAGCAUAUCUGUGUUGGGACGGGGGACACUGGCGCAUGCGCGGGCGACUCAGGUGGUCCGCUCUCGUGUGAAGUCAAUGGCCGCUUCGUGGUGGCGGGAAUCGCUUCGUGGGGAGUCCCCGGAUGUCGGACGCCGGGUUACCCGGAUGUAUACACCAAUGUUACGGCCUAUAUGAGCUGGAUCCGUAACCAUGUCAUAGCUGAAGAGGGUGGCCUUUGGAAUCCCGGAUGA